AUGCAUGCUAUUACACAUUUCCAAGUGACAGAAUAUUCAGUGGGAUUUAAUGCAGUAUGGGACUUGAUUAUAUCAAUUGGUCUUUAUUGGAUUGAGGAGUUUGAUAAAGAGACAGGGCAGAUGCUCAGCGGUUUGGACAAACUCCCUCCUGACCUGAAGGAGUAUGUGGAGGUAGAUAACAAGCUCUUUGAAAAGGAGAUGGAGGAGUGGGAUGCUCUACAGGCCCAUAAACUCAUGCAGGAGAAGCUGGCUCUGGCGGCAGCCUCAAGUAUGACCACCCAGCCCAUGAGCACAGAGCCCUGCCCUCCAGACAACACAGACUCCCAGCAGGACCCAGAGUACAUGGAGCAGCAGUCACCCACUGGAGACUCCAAACACCUGCAGGAGGAUACAGAGAGAGCCAUCAGCAAAGCAGCAACUGAACAUGAUGAAAAGAGCCCAGAGGCACUACUCAACACAUCUCCAUCUCAUCCUGACCACCAGGUGUCCUCUGAGCCCUGCCCUCCCCCUGACCCUGAGCAAGAGGACUCCACCUCUGCUCCACCCGCAGCCCAUCGGGUGGUGGAGGUGGCCAUUCCUAAUGUAGGAACAUUCGUCAUUCAGUCGAAGAAGGGAGGUUAUGAUGACGAGGCAAUGAUGACCCCAAACAUGCAGGGUGUCAUAAUGGCCAUUGGCAAAUCCAGGAGUGUUUAUGACAAGUGUGGGCCUGAAACUGCCUUCUUCAAGGCAAUGAAAGUGGAGUACACUCGUUUACUGAGGCUUGCUCAGGAAAAAACGCCCCCUGAGAAGGACUACCGUCUACAGCACGUCAUUGUUUACUUCAUACAGAACCAGGCGCCCAAAAAGAUCCUGGAGAGAACUCUGCUCAUGCAGUUUGCAGACAGAAACCUGGGCUUUGAUGAGAGGUGUAAGAGCAUCAUGAAGGUGGCACGUGCUAAACUGGAGCUCAUUAAGCCUGAUGAAGUGAACAUGGAGGAAUACGAGAUGUGGCAUCAGGAUUACAGGAAUUUCCGUGAGACGACAGCUUUCCAGUUGGUUGGCCUGGAAUUAUUCCUAAAGAAAAGUUACAUGGAAGCGCUGAUAUACCUGAUCUACGCCUAUCAGUAUAACAAAGAGCUCCUGGCAAAAGGGCCAUACAGAGGCCAUGAUGAGGAACUGAUCGCCCAUUACCGCAGAGAGUGCCUGCUGAAGUUGAACGAGCAUGCAGCCGCCCUUUUUGAGACCGGCGAGGAGAGUGAGGUGAACUCUGGUCUUACUAUCAUGAAUGAGCUGGUGGUGGCCUGUAUUCCACUGCUGCUGGUGGACGAAAUGGAGGAGAAAGACAUGGUGGCCGUGGAGGAUAUGAGGAACCGAUGGUGUUCGUAUCUGGGCCAGGAAAUGGAACCUAAUCUCCAGGAGAAGCUGACUGACUUUCUUCCCAAGCUGCUCGACUGCUCAACUGAGAUCAAAAGCUUUCAUGACCCACCCAAACUGCCAUCUUACUCCACGCUGGAGCUGUGCGAGCGUUACAGCCGGGUCAUGAUGUCGCUCACCCUGAGUCGGACCCCUGCAGAUGGCAGAUGAGCUGCAUUGUUGUCCUCUCCCUCCACUAACACGCCUUCCUUAAAGCAGGGCUUUCCCAAACCCACCAACCUGUCCUCUAUCUUUUGCUGCUAGAGAUUUGAUCUUUACCCUUCUUGUAUUGUUAAUAUUAUUUUGAGAAUUUUGUUAUAUUUUAAAGCUAAUGCAACAGAAAUAAAGGUGUGAAAUUGUGGAAGAAAAAAGCAUUUAUGGGAUAGUUCACCCAAAAAUGACAAUUUUAUCAUCAUUUACUCAUCCUCAUGUUGUUCCAAACUCACAAAUGAUGGCAGAUCUUUCAUUUUUGGGUGAACUAUCCAUUUAAUGCGGAAACUGAAAUUGUGACAUUGGAGCAUGCAGCUUUAGCUUUGUGAAACGAGGUUUAGGAUUCAUUUGAAUAUUUUGUUUUAUUUAAAUGUUAUCAUUUUUGCCCCCCACCAAUCCUUUUCACUUCAGGGUCUGAACAACUUACUGCUCUGCCCGCCCUAAGUUUGUUACAGUGUUAUUGCAUUUUUUUUUUUUUUUUUAUUGUUGUUGUUGUUGCUUUUUCCUAAGGACGAUGAAACAAAAUGCUGGAGGUUCUCAAACAGGUCUUUUGAUCUGACGACUGGGUCUUCAAUACAAGUUUUAAGUGCUGUGUUUGCCGGCCACGGGACAUACUGUGGCUUGUUAAUACUUUGAGAGAAUAAAGUUUUAUUUAUGGCUCUUUUAGGCCAGAUAUAUAUUUUUUUAAAUGUUCCUAAUCAUUAUUGAAUUUUGCAUUGAAUGAAACUGUGCUGCUUUUGGUAUUUCAAAGAGAACAGAGUAUGUUUUCUCCAUACAUUUUGAUAGAUUUGGUUGCACCUAAAUCCUUUAUAUAGUCUUCUUGAGUUAAGUUUACCAUAAGACAUUUAAUGUAAAAAGAAAUAGCCAGGUGUUAAGUAAAAAGGUAGAAACGCUAUUACUUUCCCAAAGAAAAUGGAUUAGGAUACAGUAAUAUACUAAAUCUGUAUUUAACAGUCCAUGUGCAGACAUUGUAUAAUGUGCAGUUAAAAUGCUUUGUUUUUAAGUUUGUUCAAGCUGUUCACACUAGUGUAAUUGGAAAUUUGAUGCCAAGCAUCAACUAGAACUGAAAUUUUAUCUUUGACACUGGUGGAAGUUUCUUGGAUGGGUGUUAUCAUUUUACAUACCUAAACCAUUAUGUUUGUCUAAGAGUGUGAUCAUUUUAUUUUCUGUUUUUGGUCAGAGCAGCUUGUUCAGUGCAUUUGACUUAAAAAGCUCUUAAACAAAGCUGACACAAAUAAAGAAACCAAAACCCUCUAUAAAUGCAUGAUUCUCUUUGAAUUAAAACACUUU